AUGUCUUCUUCUCCCUUUCUAAGUGUUUGGAAGCCCGAUCUUUUCAAGGGCAAGGUGGCCUUCAUCACUGGCGGGGCCGGCACAAUCUGUCGCCGCCAGGCAGAAGCGCUGAUUGUUCUUGGUUGCUCGGUAGCAAUCAUUGGGAGAAACGAAGAGAAAACCGCAAAGGCGGCUCAGGAGCUGGACGCCAUGCGCUCGGACGUGCGGGCUAUUGGAAUAGGCAGCUGCGACGUGUGCAAGAUCGGCGAUUUGAGCGCUGCGGUGCAAAAGACGACUGACCAACUCGGGAAAAUCGACUUUGUGAUCUGCGGAGCAGCAGGGAACUUCAUUGCGGACUUCAACUCGCUGAGUGCAAACGCGUUCAAGAAGGUGGUGGACAUCGACUUGCUCGGGUCGUUCAACACGGUCAAGGCGUGCUACCGGGAACUGAAAAAAAACCAGGGUGCGGUGCUAUUUGUGUCUGCGACGUUCCACUACUACGGCGUGCCGUUCCAGUCGCACGUCGGGGCUGCCAAGGCAGGCGUGGACGCGCUGUCGAACGCACUGGCCGUCGAACUGGGCCCGAUCGGCGUCCGUGUCAACGCAAUUGCCCCAGGAGCCAUUGGCGGAACAGAGGGCUACAAACGGCUGUCGCAGAGCUCGAAACUGGCCAGCAAGAUCCCGUGCCAGCGACUGGGGUCUACCGAUGACAUUGCACAAGCAACGGUGUUCCUUUUCAGUGAUGCUGCAAAGUACAUCACCGGGACCGUGCAGAUCGUGGACGGCGGGUUUUGGCACAUGGGUCCGCUGGUCACGGCGGAUCUUUAUCCCGGCGAGCUGCUGAAACGGCUUUCGCGCGAGCCCAAACUUUAG